UUUAAAUUUAGAUACAAAAUUGGAGUGGCGAUUACAUUUCUUCACGAUUUCAACUUUCUUCGUCCUCUCCGGCGGAAAAGCCAUCGAUCGCUGUCGCAUUUGGUCCUCUGAUUCACGAAUUUGAAAACCCUAGAUUACAUCCUCGCAUCAUCGGCUUCGAUUCCUCCGAGUGUCUGGAUCGAGCAGGAUGCAGCAAUUGCUGUUCGCGGUCGUGUUGUCGGAGGUUGCGGUGAUAAUGGCGCUUUCCUUCAAGACGCCGAUAAGGAAGCUGUUGAUCAUGAGCCUGGAUCGGGCGAAGCGUGGCCGUGGACCGGUCGUGGUCAAGACGGUGGCGGCAACGGUUUGUGUGGUUAUGGCAUCGAGCGUGUACAGUAUGAUGAAGAUCCAGAAGCGUUGGAUCGAUGAGGGUACGGUGAAUCCAACAGAUGAGGUUCUCAUGAAGAAAAAUCUCUUGGAAUCUACUCUAAUGGGCGGUUUUCUUUUCCUCGGGCUAAUGACAGACAGGCUGCAUCAUUACAUGAGAGAACUGCGUGUAAGAAGGAAGAGCAUGGAAGCUAUAAAAAAGCAGGGGCUGGGUUUCAAUGGUGGAAAGCCCGGGAAUUCGGACGAAAUCAAGGGCAUGGAGGAACAGAUAAGGACUCUACAGGAAAUUCAAAAGCAGUUAGAGUCUGAACUCGAGGCAAAGACUAAAGAAGCUAAUGGCGAAGAAUCAGGCGCAGUUGCUCUAAGACAGCAAUCUGAAGGGUUUCUUCUUGAGUUCAACAGGUUGCUCGAGGAAAACCAGGAGCUACGGAAUCAGUUGAACUCGUUGGAUCAUAAACUAUCACGCACAAGCAUCAAGAAGGGUACCUGAGGCUAGUUUUCAAGAUUUGCCUUCUGAACAGCUUCUUUCUUUGUUCUAAAGAUAGGGUUUUUACUUGUUGCUCAGUUCUAUUCCACCCAGCAAAUUGUAGUGCUUUCGCAAUUUGGUUGGAUUUCCCUAUAGGAAUAUAUCAUUUUCCAGUUAACUUUUAGUUUCUUAAGGUUUUCA